UACUUUCAAGAUGAUCAGACUAGUCAUGUGGUAUUCACCACUUGGCAUACUGUUCCUCGUCAUGUGCCAGAUAAUGUCCACAACUGACAUGACGAAGACUGGACAAACACUGGCUAUCUACAUCACAACUGAAAUGGCUGGAUUGGCAAUCCAUUCAUUGGUGGUCCUUCCUGGCUUGUAUUGUGUUCUGACCAGAAAGAACCCAUAUGCAAUAUACCUCAAGGCAACACAAGCUCUGCUGACAGCCUUUGCAACAAGUUCCAGUGCUGCCACGCUGCCGGUGACGAUGCAGUGUGUGGAGCAGCGGAUGAAGAUGGACACACGGAUUUCCCGCUUCAUCCUCCCAGUGGGUGCCACAGUCAACAUGGACGGCGCUGCUGUGUUUGCUGCCAUUGCUCCCGUGUUCAUUGCUCAGUACAAUGGAAUCAGCCUGACAUUCGGAGAUGUAAUAAUCAUAAGGUACGUUGGUAAACUGGUGGGAUUUCUCGGCUACAGGUUUUGA